CGUCGGCCUUUCCCGUGAGCUGGCGGGCCGGGACCCCUUCCGGUCGGCGACCCUCCCCCUCGUCCGCUGAGCCCCGGAGGAGGGCUGGACACCUGCUGCUGCUCCUUUCCCGCAGACCCGCUGCCUCUCCUCACGGCUGCCGGCACUGUCGGGUGGGGGGGGGGGGGGCGCUCGAUUCCCUUUUGCAACUCCAGAACCUUCCGACCUCCGCUAGUUCCUCCUGGCCCCUGCCGGUUCCCCUAGGUACCCUCAACCCGCACCCGACCGGGGCCUGGGCCGGGGCCUGCGGGCCCUGCCAGCCCGCCCCGCUGUCCUCCCGUGUCCACCCUGGUCUUCUGCCUCUCACUCCCCCUUCUCGCCCUCUGGAACCCCUCCUCAGCAGGGGCCCGUGGGUGCCCCCUGCCGCAGGAUGUGAGCCCCUCUAGCCUGUAAUGCGGUGGCUGGCCCUCGGCCCCUUCUGUGCCAUGGAGAACCAGGUGCUGGUGAUUCGCAUCAAGAUUCCGAAUAGUGGCGCGGUGGACUGGACCGUGCACGCCGGGCCGCAGCUGCUCUUCAGGGACGUGCUGGAUGUGAUAGGCCAGGUUCUACCUGAAGCAACAACUACAGCAUUUGAAUAUGAAGAUGAAGAUGGGGAUAGAAUUACAGUAAGAAGUGAUGAAGAAAUGAAGGCUAUGCUGUCAUACUAUUAUUCCACAGUAAUGGAACAGCAAGUGAAUGGACAGCUAAUAGAGCCACUGCAGAUAUUUCCAAGAGCCUGCAAGCCUCCUGGGGAACGGAACAUACAUGGCCUGAAGGUGAAUACCCGGGCUGGACCCUCCCAGCACACUAGCCCAGCAGUCUCAGAUUCACUUCCAAACAGUAGCCUAAAGAAGUCAUCUGCUGAACUGAAAAAAAUCUUAGCUAAUGGUCAGAUGAAUGAACAAGACAUACGGUAUCGAGACACCCUUGGUCAUGGCAACGGAGGCACAGUCUACAAAGCCUAUCAUGUCCCGAGUGGGAAAAUAUUAGCUGUAAAGGUUAUACUAUUAGACAUUACACUGGAACUUCAGAAACAAAUUAUGUCUGAAUUGGAAAUUCUUUACAAGUGUGACUCAUCAUAUAUCAUAGGAUUUUAUGGGGCAUUUUUUGUAGAAAACAGGAUUUCAAUAUGUACAGAAUUCAUGGAUGGGGGAUCUUUGGAUGUAUAUAGAAAAAUUCCAGAGCAUGUCCUUGGAAGAAUUGCAGUAGCAGUCGUUAAAGGACUUACGUAUUUGUGGAGUUUAAAGAUUUUGCACAGAGAUGUGAAGCCCUCCAAUAUGCUUGUAAACACCAGAGGACAGGUCAAGUUGUGUGACUUUGGAGUGAGCACUCAGCUGGUGAAUUCUAUAGCCAAGACGUAUGUUGGAACAAAUGCUUACAUGGCGCCUGAAAGAAUUUCAGGGGAGCAGUACGGAAUCCAUUCUGAUGUCUGGAGCUUAGGGAUUUCUUUCAUGGAGAUUCAGAAAAACCAGGGAUCUUUAAUGCCUCUACAGCUUCUGCAGUGCAUUGUUGAUGAGGAUUCGCCUGUCCUUCCGGUUGGAGAGUUCUCUGAGCCAUUUGUACAUUUCAUCACUCAGUGCAUGAGAAAACAGCCCAAAGAAAGGCCAGCACCUGAGGAACUGAUGGGCCACCCGUUCAUCGUGCAGUUCAACGAUGGAAAUGCAGCCGUGGUGUCCAUGUGGGUGUGCCGGGCACUGGAGGAGAGACGGAGCCAGCAGGGGCCCCGGGAAGCCUCCGUGGGGCGCUGACCACUCAGGACCACUUGCUAAGAAGCAGCCCACAUGGGGCUCCUCUUUGUUGCCUGCUUCAGAAGAGCUUUGCUGGCCCAGCCUCCUGCUCCUGUCUGAGAUGGCCCUACCUGAGAAAAGCCCUCGAAGGGCCAGCCCCUCCAGGCAAGCCCUCAGCCCUGGUCUGGAGACAGUGAGAACGGAGACUCCCGUGGCCUCACACCCCUUGUUUAUCUAACACUUCCUUGUAAAGGUCAAGCCCUUCAGCAGCACUGAUGGGAAUAAAAGUAUUACUCUUUUGGGA